UCAACAGUUCUAUGGAGGCCAUUAACUACAAAAUCAAUGAAAAGAAAAAAGGUGAAGUUUGUACUUAGGAGAUUUGUGGUAGAACGAUCUACAACGUGGCCCCAAUGAGUUGGCGCGUACGUUAAAAUCCAACCCAUUUACCCAUCAAUUAACUUAUGUCGAUUCUGUAACGGCGGAUCCUUCCUGCCUUCCCCCAUCCUUUUGUCCAACUUCAACUUCAAAUUCCAUUGAUCUCUAUCUCACUCACACAACUCCGUUGCUCUACCAAUCGACCAUGUUCCUUCUCAAGACAUGGAGACAAACCGCUUUCGGUGUUUUUGGGUACAUGAACUUCACCAAGUCCGCUUUCCUGGAGCAUGCAAAGCAGUUCAAGCCCGAGGAUAUGGAGAAGAGAAUUGAUGGGAAGAACUGUGUAGUAACAGGAGCGAAUUCCGGGAUUGGCUAUGCCACUGCUGAAGGGCUUGCUUCACGUGGGGGGACUGUCUACAUGGUUUGCCGAAACAAGGAGAGAGGGGAAGCUGCACUUUCCGAAAUCCGAUCUUCCACAGGGAACCCAAAUGUUCAUUUGGAGGUUUGUGACCUUUCAUCGGUCAACGAUAUCAAGUCUUUCGCAGCCAGAUUUUCUUCCAAGGAAGUACCUGUUCAUGUGUUGGUCAACAAUGCUGGUUUGCUGGAGAAUAGCAAGAUCACAACCUCUGAAGGAUUUGAACUGAAUUUUGCUGUGAAUGUGUUGGGCACUUACACCAUGACUGAACUCAUGCGGCCCAUGUUGGAGAAAGCUGCACCUGAUUCUCGCGUAAUAACAGUUUCCUCCGGGGGAAUGUACACUACUCCCUUGACCACUGAUCUCCAGUUUUCAGAUGGAAACUUCGACGGAGUAGCACAGUAUGCUCGAAACAAGCGAGCUCAGGUGGCAUUAACCGAAAACUGGGCAGAAAUGUACAAGGACAAAGGAAUAUCAUUUUACUCGAUGCAUCCUGGUUGGGCUGAGACCCCUGGAGUUGCCAAGAGCUUGCCUAGUUUCAAUGAAAGGUUUGCUGGGAAGUUAAGAACGAAGGAAGAAGGUGCAGACACUGUUGUUUGGUUAGCUUUGCAGCCAAAAGAGAAGUUGACAUCUGGUGCAUUCUACUUCGAUCGUGCUGAAGCUCCAAAGCAUCUGACCUUCUCUGCUACCAAGGGCUCUCACGCAUUGAUUGGUUCCAUUGUUGAUGCUCUACGAUCCUUGGCCAAGAUUUCGUGAAUAAGUUUAGCGAAGUUGCAGCAAGUGUAUAUUUAUGGGGAAAUCAUUCAAACCCGUUAUCUCAAAUGCAUGCUACUCUGUUUUGUACCUCGUCGAGUGAUGUAAUUGUAGGAGAAUAUUGUCAAAAGUGAAAUAAAGGCAUCCUUUUUAGUGUAUUUUUCAAAUUUGUCGUGCUAAUAAUACUUCAUUUUACUCUAUUUUGGUGCAUCAGAAAUUAGUUUUCUUGUUGGGGACAUUAGCUAUCGAACAAACAACCCAAGUCGAUUCUCGUAGUAAAUUAGAUCAAAUGCA